UGCCCUGUCACCUGUGUGCCCUGGGAACCUGAGGCUGCUGUGCCCUGUCACCUGUGUGCCCUGUAACCCGUGUGCCCUGCCACCCAGCCCACGCUGUGCCCUGGGAAUGUGCUUUGUGCGGCUUCUCAGGAAGGCUUGUAGUUCUCCUAACGAGAGACARCACCCUGCUCUCCUGCUGCACCAGGAAUGCUGCAGGGAACAUCCAGGCUCAUUAAAUUCUUGGUAUUUGGUCUCUUCAGUGUUGCAGGGUGAGAGUCUGUCUGGCCUCUGCACUGAUAGCAGCUCACUCGUGCUGGCUCCUGCCUGGAAAUGGGGAUGUUUGGGAAUGCUGCUGGCUCUGCCAACAGGCUGCUCCAGAAGGGGCUGUGGGCACUGAUGCUGCUGCUGUCUGUGGCCAUCUAYGGCUCCCACGCCCCCCUCCUGACCCUCUGCAAGGUGGAUGGGGCCAUCCCGUUCAGCUCCACRUCCGUGGUGGUCCUCGUGGAGCUGACCAAGCUGGUGCUGUCCCUCCUGUUCCUGCUGGCCGGGGCACGGGAGCCGCUGGGAGCGGCGGUGUCCUGGCGUCACGCCGCGCCCUUCGCUCUCUCGGCCCUGCUCUACGCUGCCAACAACAACCUGGUGGUGCACAUGCAGCUCUUCAUGGACCCCAGCACCUUCCAGGUGCUCAGUAACCUGAAGAUCGUCAGCACRGCGCUGCUCUACAGCCUCCUGCUGCGCCAGCGCCUGGGCUCGCGCCGCUGGCUGGCCCUGCUGCUGCUGCUGGCUGCCGGUGUCACCUACAGCUGCGGGGGCCUGCGGGGGCCCAGUGACCCCCGUGGGAUGCACCUGCACGUCACACCCGUGGGGCUGCUGCUGCUCUCCAUCUACUGCCUCAUCUCCGGCCUGUCUGCYGUCUACACCGAAGCCAUCCUGAAAACCCAGGCGCUGCCCCUCAGCCUCCAGAACAUCUUCCUGUACUUUUUUGGGGUCCUGUUCAACCUGGUGGGCUCCGUGUGGAGCAGUGCAGAGGGCGGGUUCCUGGAGGGUUUUUCCCUGUGGGUGCUGCUGGUUGUGUUCAGCCAAGCCCUGAACGGCCUCAUCAUGUCUGUGGUGAUGAAGCACAGCAGCAACAUCACCAGGCUCUUUGUCAUCUCCUGCUCCAUCCUGGUCAACGCCCUCCUCUCUGUUGCCCUCUUCAACCUGCAGCUCACCCUCCUCUUCUUCAUGGCCGUGGUGUGCAUCGGCCUGGCUGUACACCUGUACUAUGGAGUCACGUAGCCACUGCCUCCCUUCUCCGUGUUGGGCAGCCCCAGCCCUUCCUCAGGGCUGGAACCAUUCCUGGUGAGCACCUGYACAGCUCCAAGGACCUCCCAAGGAGGAGUACUGAGGGGAAGAGCACCCUGUCCCUGCUUCCAUGGGGAAACUGGGCUCUACUCCAGUCCAGCCAGGCUGUGUGCCAUGGAGUUCCUGUGGSAUCAGGCAUGUCCAGCCUGAACCCCUUGUGCAUGGCUCAUAGUCUCAAGAUGCACCAGGGAGGGGUCAGGUUAGAYAUUGGGAGUAAUUUYUUCACAGAGGRGCU